AUGCUCUCCACACUAAACAUUGCCCAAUUAAAUACCAAUCCCCCGGCUCGCCGAAUCAUUAUCGUCGGGGGAGGCAUCGUCGGCGCAGCACUCGCAUUCCAUCUUUCCAAGGCCGAGACUGAAAAUCACAUUAUACUCAUCGACAAAAGCCUAGAGACCCUAUUGGGUUCCACCGGCCAUGCUCCUGGAUUCAUUGGCCAACUCAACGAGUCGGCUGUCUUGACUCGGUUGGCUAAAGAUACCGUCCUGGACUACCUCACCAUUCCAGGCGGCUUUGAAACCGUCGGCGGUCUGGAGCUCACCUCUACAGCUGCUGGGCUGGAGAACCUGGAACGUCGACAGAAAACAGCACAGGGCGCGGGUCUUCCUGCGGAGCUUCUUACUCCAGAGGCAGCCGCUUCUCUGGCCCCAGACUUCAUCGACGCGAACUCGAUCAAGCACUGUCUCCAUUUCCCAUUAGAUGGGACCGCAAAUGCAGGCAUCAUUACUUCUUAUUAUGCCAACCGAGCUCGCGCUAGAGGGGUGGAUUUCUUGGAAGCCACCGUAACAGGCUUUGCAACUAAGAAGGACGACGAAACCUCAAAGAUAGCGACUAUCAAGACUGCGAGUGGAGAUAUCAACUCGGAAGGCAGUAUUGUCAUUCUCGCCACUGGCAUUUGGACAUCUUUCUUGGUUUGCAACGACAAUGCCCCUGUUACAGAACUCCCAAUCCCUAUCGUCCCCGUCGCACACCCUUACACCUUUACUCCGCCUCGGGCUGAACGUGUCGGUACCCCGUACCCAUUCGUUCGCUGGCUAGACCAUCACGUCUAUGCAAGAGACCACGGCAAUCGAGACGGUCUAGGCACUUACGAUCAUCCCCCGAUGCAACUUGAUCCCACUGAGAGCGCGAUCGGAGCCUGGCCAUCAAGCUUUGACCAAGUGCUGUCGGACGCCUGUUCGAACUUGAAGAACGGAAGUGAGUUCCAGGUCCAGGGACGAAACGCAGACCCGGCAAAGCCUUGGGUAGCGGACAAGCCAUUUAAUGGGAUCUUCUCUGUCACGCCUGACAACUUGCCCUUCGCUGGUCGGGUUCCCGAUGUUGCAAAUCUAUGGCUUGCCGCUGCUAUUUGGGUUACCACUGCUGCUGGUACUGCUAAGCUAUUGGCAAGAGAGAUCCUCAAAGAUAGUGAGGAUUCGACAAGUUCAGAGGACAAGGUUCUUCUGGAUGCCUUGAAUCCCGCACGUUUCAAGGGUGUUGAGGCGGAUUUGCUUCUGCGGCAAUCAUUGUCGAAAUACAAUGAUAUCUAUAACCGAGAGGUUUAG